GCGACAUUAGAAGCAAAAUAUCAGUUAACUGGAGUAUCAAUGACUAAACCAGCGGCAGUGUGGCAAGCACUAGGCGCAGAUAUUUAUGAAACCUCCGCAGUUUUCACUUGAUCAUUUAUAACAAUAGGAACAUGUGAGUGAACCUGAAUUAGUAUUAUUGGACUUUGAUAUAAUAUUGUCUCCUUGGUCUUGAAAUUGUUAUCAAACACAAGAACUCACACACAUUAUUUUCCUCUCUUAAUAUAAAUCUAUUAAAUUAUUACUAAUUUUAACUGUUUAUGUGUUUUGUCUAUUCAAAUUUAUUUUUUAUCAUUAAUAUAUAUUCCUAUGGUUAUAUUUAUAUUUUUUUUGUUAGAUAUUGUUAUUUACUAAACCCUAUUAAUGUUCACCAUUUUUAACAAUUUAGGCUAUGCAUUUUCAUUAAAUAUAUGUAUAUAUAUAAUUAUUUUAUGCACACGCGUCCUCCUCUGAUACUUUGUUUGAUAAUAAACACCUAUAAUUUAUGAUUAUUUUUUCUUAAAUUAGCAUCACACUCUCAAUAUCUCUAUCUAGAUUUUGUUUUUGUAUUAUUUGACUAAUUUAAUCAUUAUCUUCUUAGAUCUCCCUUUUUCAUAUACAUCCAAUAAUUAAAACUUAAGAGUAAAAGAGCCUUGGUUUUUGACUAAGCUUAGCCUAAUGCUAUGGUGUGGGGAUAGAUCUUCAGAUUUUACUAAUAUAUCAUUUUUUAACACGUUGCUCAUAAUCUCACUUUCUUAAACCCAAACUUAUCUUUCUUUUUCUUCAGUUUCCAGUUCUCAAGAGUCCAUAUAAGAAGACACCCUCACAACACCAAAAUAAUCAUACCAACAACAAGAACUAAUUAGUAGCUCUUGAGAAAAAUGGAUUACUCUAAUGUUUUUGCUGAAGGAGGCAAUGAAGUGAACCAAGAGAAGCCUCCACCGCGAGUGUGUCCAAGGUGCAACUCAACCAACACCAAGUUUUGUUACUACAACAACCAUAGUGUGUCUCAACCACGCUACAGGUGCAAGGAAUGUCGCCGAAACUGGACUCAUGGUGGAGCGCUAAGGAACAUACCGAUUGGUGGAAGUGGCCGUAAAAAGAAGAGUACAACGAUAAAUCAACCUUUUGUUUCUCACGCAGUUUCUGCUGAGAUCCAACAAGUUAGUCGUCGUCGCCAACCUUUCUUACAUGCUCAAGAAACCAACCAGUUUGUUGAAUCUUUUGGUGGUUCUUCUUCUGGUUUUGAUGUUGAUAACCAUGUCGGUUCUUUUCCUGAAAUUCGUGGCGAUGGGGUGCUUCCAUUUCAAAGUUUUCCACCAAUGGAUCGCUCUUAUUUCCAUGAUGGAUUGUUUCAACAAGAUUACUACAACGUUGAGUCCAAUGAUUUGAUUGGUAAUCAUUUGAUUAACCAAUCAAUUGGUAGUUAUAAUGUUGUGAGCUCUAAUCAUAACAGUUACAUUAAUCAAGAGGAUCGAGACAAGUGGAACCAGAGCUUAAACAAUACUAUGAACAUGAAUCAUAAUGCCAGCACCAGUGGAAGCAGAGAAUGGUGGGACACUGAUCACAUGAACAAGUACAACGGCAACAUCAAAAACAACUGUGUGUAUGAGUCCUCUUACCAUUUGGAGAAGCAUGGUCCUUGAAUCUUAGCCUUAUUAUCCAUUUUCCUUUUCUGUUUUUGUUUUUAAGUGAUGAAAGCUUCUAUCGUUGUUUCCCAAAGAUUCAGACAUAAGUUGCUUGUCUGAUUCUUUUCCUAUCUAUAUUUAUAUAAAUAAAUAUCUAUAUUGAUCAGUCCGUUAA